GAAGGGGGGGCUGAGCGAAGGGGUUGGAAGCGGAGUGAUUCCCCACCCCUGCUCCAUCUAGCUCUUUCCAGUGCAGCCACUGCCGCCGCCCAGGAGCUCUCGUCCCCUUCCUCGUUCCCGCUCCAACGCAAUGGAGCCGGACACCGCUGCAGUGGCAGCCACCGUGGCAGCUGCUGAUGCGACCGCCACAAUCGUGGUCAUAGAGGACGAGCAGCCGGGGCCAUCCACCUCUAAGGAGGAGGGAGCGGCCGCCGCGGCCACCGAAGCCACCGUGGCCACGGAGAAGGGCGAAAAGAAGGAGAAAAAUGUUUCUUCAUUUCAACUCAAACUUGCUGUUAAAGCUUCUAAAUCUGAAAAGGAAAUGGACCCAGAAUAUGAAGAGAAAAUGAAAGCAGACCGAGCAAAGAGAUUUGAAUUUUUAUUAAAGCAAACAGAACUUUUUGCACAUUUCAUUCAACCGUCAGCACAGAAAUCUCCAACAUCUCCUCUGAACAUGAAAUUGGGACGUCCUCGAAUAAAGAAAGAUGACAAGCAGAGCUUAAUUUCUGCUGGAGACUACCGCCACAGGCGCACGGAACAAGAAGAAGAUGAAGAGCUACUCUCAGAGAGUCGGAAAACAUCUAAUGUGUGUGUUAGAUUUGAGGUGUCACCUUCAUAUGUGAAAGGAGGACCAUUGAGGGAUUAUCAGAUUCGAGGGCUGAACUGGUUGAUCUCUUUGUAUGAAAAUGGAGUCAAUGGUAUCUUGGCAGAUGAAAUGGGUCUUGGUAAGACUUUACAAACGAUUGCUUUGCUUGGUUACCUGAAACAUUACCGAAACAUUCCAGGACCUCACAUGGUUUUAGUUCCAAAGUCUACUCUAUACAACUGGAUGAAUGAAUUUAAACGAUGGGUCCCAUCUCUCCGUGUUAUUUGUUUCGUUGGAGACAAGGAUGCAAGAGCUGCUUUUAUUCGUGAUGAAAUGAUGCCAGGAGAAUGGGAUGUUUGUGUUACUUCUUAUGAGAUGGUAAUUAAAGAAAAAUCUGUAUUUAAAAAGUUUCAUUGGCGAUACCUAGUCAUUGAUGAGGCUCACAGAAUAAAGAAUGAAAAAUCUAAGCUUUCAGAGAUUGUUCGUGAGUUCAAGUCAACUAACCGCUUGCUCCUAACUGGAACACCUUUGCAAAAUAACCUGCAUGAACUCUGGGCAUUACUCAACUUUUUAUUGCCUGAUGUCUUUAAUUCUGCAGAUGACUUUGAUUCUUGGUUUGACACUAAAAACUGUCUUGGUGAUCAAAAACUUGUGGAAAGACUUCACGCAGUUUUAAAACCAUUUUUGUUACGUCGUAUAAAAACUGAUGUAGAGAAGAGCCUACCUCCUAAAAAGGAAAUAAAGAUUUACUUGGGACUGAGUAAGAUGCAGCGAGAAUGGUAUACAAAAAUCCUGAUGAAAGAUAUUGAUGUGUUAAACUCUGCUGGCAAGAUGGACAAGAUGCGACUCUUAAACAUUCUGAUGCAGCUUCGAAAGUGUUGUAAUCAUCCUUACCUGUUUGAUGGUGCUGAACCUGGCCCACCUUAUACCACUGAUGAGCACAUUGUCAGCAAUAGUGGUAAAAUGGUAGUUCUUGAUAAACUCUUGGCCAAACUGAAAGAACAGGGUUCAAGGGUUCUCAUUUUUAGCCAGAUGACUCGCUUGCUGGACAUUCUGGAGGAUUAUUGUAUGUGGCGUGGUUAUGAGUACUGUCGACUGGAUGGACAAACCCCACAUGAAGAAAGAGAGGAUAAAUUCCUAGAAGUGGAAUUACUGGGUCAAAGGGAAGCAAUAGAGGCCUUUAAUGUUCCUAAUAGUAGCAAAUUCAUCUUUAUGCUGAGUACCAGAGCUGGGGGUCUCGGAAUUAACUUGGCAAGUGCUGAUGUGGUUAUACUAUAUGAUUCAGACUGGAAUCCACAGGUUGAUCUACAAGCUAUGGAUCGAGCACAUCGUAUUGGUCAGAAGAAGCCAGUACGUGUGUUCCGUCUCAUCACUGACAACACUGUUGAAGAAAGGAUUGUAGAAAGAGCAGAGAUAAAACUGAGACUUGACUCAAUUGUUAUACAACAAGGAAGACUCAUUGACCAACAGUCUAAUAAGCUGGCAAAAGAGGAAAUGUUGCAAAUGAUACGUCAUGGAGCCACCCAUGUUUUUGCUUCUAAAGAAAGUGAGCUGACAGAUGAAGAUAUUACAACUCUCCUAGAAAGAGGGGAAAAGAAGACCGCAGAGAUGAAUGAACGCUUGCAGAAAAUGGGAGAAUCUUCUCUGAGAAAUUUUAGAAUGGACACUGAACAAAGUUUGUACAAGUUUGAAGGAGAAGAUUAUAGAGAAAAACAGAAGCUUGGGAUGGUGGAGUGGAUCGAACCUCCUAAACGAGAACGCAAAGCAAACUACGCAGUGGAUGCCUACUUUAGAGAGGCUUUACGUGUCAGUGAGCCAAAGAUUCCAAAGGCUCCCCGACCUCCAAAGCAGCCAAAUGUUCAGGAUUUUCAGUUUUUCCCACCACGUUUGUUUGAGCUCCUGGAAAAGGAAAUUCUUUAUUACAGGAAGACAAUAGGCUAUAAGGUCCCAAGGAAUCCUGAUAUCCCCAAUCCAGCUGUGGCUCAAAGAGAGGAGCAAAAAAAGAUUGAUGGAGCUGAACCUCUUACACCAGAAGAGACUGAAGAAAAAGAAAAACUUCUCACACAAGGAUUCACAAACUGGACUAAGCGAGAUUUUAACCAGUUUAUUAAAGCUAAUGAGAAGUAUGGAAGAGAUGACAUUGAUAAUAUAGCUCGAGAGGUGGAGGGCAAAUCACCUGAAGAGGUCAUGGAGUAUUCAGCUGUCUUUUGGGAACGUUGCAAUGAAUUACAGGACAUUGAGAAAAUUAUGGCUCAGAUUGAACGUGGAGAAGCAAGAAUUCAACGAAGGAUCAGUAUCAAGAAAGCCCUGGAUGCCAAAAUUGCAAGAUACAAGGCUCCAUUUCAUCAGUUACGUAUUCAGUAUGGAACCAGCAAAGGAAAGAACUAUACUGAGGAAGAAGAUAGAUUCUUGAUUUGUAUGUUACACAAAAUGGGCUUUGACAGAGAAAACGUGUAUGAAGAAUUAAGACAGUGUGUACGGAAUGCUCCUCAGUUUAGAUUUGACUGGUUUAUCAAGUCUAGAACUGCCAUGGAAUUCCAGAGACGCUGUAAUACUCUGAUUUCAUUGAUUGAGAAAGAAAAUAUGGAAAUUGAGGAAAGAGAGAGAGCAGAAAAGAAGAAACGGGCAACUAAAACUCCAAUGGUAAAAUUUUCAGCAUUUUCCUAACUUUUAGAUUUAACAUUGUUGGGCCAUUUAAAAAUGUGCAUAUUGGAGCAGAACAUUAAAUCUGUUUCCAUUUUAGUCACAGAAAAGAAAAGCAGAGUCAGCUACUGAGAGCUCUGGAAAGAAGGAUGUCAAGAAGGUGAAAUCCUAAAGCCUAGAAAUAAAGUUUUAAAUGGGAAACUGCUAUUUUCUUGUUCCCAUCUUCAAAUGCUAAUUGCCAGUUCCAGUGUAUUCAUGGUACUCUAAGAAAAAUCUCUUUGGUUUUGAUUUCUUGCAUAUUUUAUAUAUUUUACAAUGCUUUCUACCUGAAAUGUGUAGCUUUAUAUUUUAUGCAUUCUAGUAUUUUUGUGUACUGUAUUUUGUGCAUUUCAUGUCUUCAUCAAAAUCCUCUCAGUCCUUGUUCUUUUGAAGCUUGUGCUGAGGUUUUAGCUUUUCUAUGUUUUAUAUGCCGCUGCUUUGAAAGAGAACCUAGAUUCUAUAGCUGUAUUAUUGUUGUUUCAUACUUUAAAUUUAUAUGGCUGUGGAAAAAUGAAUUAAAAUGAUUUGAGGAGAAAGACUUUUUCACUUCUUUGUUGCUUUCUUUUCUAUUGAGUAUGGGCUUGUAUGUGUUACUGCAUACUGUGAUUAGCAUAAUAAUUGUUUCUUUUGAGGUCAUCUAAAUAUUUUUUUCCUAAAGGAAUAAAGGGUGAGAACAGAAAAAUAUUAAAAAAAAACUAAUAUUUGAUACUGUGCUUGCUGUCAGUAUGCAUUACAUUUAAAUUAUUCUCUAAAUAUUCAAGUGGGAAAAUAUAAUAAAGAAAUGUCUAUAAGAAAUUUAAUUAUUUCCUGUUUUUUGUGCAGUAGAAAAAUAGUUGUGUUUAUUGAAUUGUUUUGCUCACUCUACUAUGUAUUUGGUUGAAAGUUAAAGCUUUGUUUGCUGACUUGUGCAUGAUCUUCUGUCCCAUAGAGCCAGUUCAGAGGAGUCUGGGUAUAACAUGUAGAGUUAUUAACAACUAAGUUAAGGUUACGAAAUAAGUGCUAUGCAUGUAGAAGAAUGGGGGCUGGCAUCCAUAGGACUACAGUUAGGCUCAGAAAACAAACAAUCUCAAAGUAUCAGAGUUUUUAUACACCAAGAGUUUAUUUCUUGCUCACACUACAGAUUCCAUGCAGGUCAGAAGGAUAUGAGAAUGGGAGGGGAUCUGUUUUACACAGUCACUUAAGCUUCCAGACUGACUGAGGCUCCAGUGUUUAGUAUUGUGGCAGUACAAUCUGGGACAUGUGGCCUUUUCAGCUGCUACUGUAGGAGAAAGAGAAGCUGAAGAGUCUCAUGUAGGUUCGUCAUUACAUAGGCUCAGAGGUGACACAUGUCACACCCACUUAUAUUUUAUUGUCCCAAAGUAGUCACAUGGUCCU